AUGUUGGGGUGGAGUGAUGAUUACAUAACGGGAUUCAAGGAGAGAGAGAAAAAAGAGAAGUUGAGUUUAUAUAAAAAGUUUGCAGAGGAUAAUCUGGACAAAUAUGAAGUGCCAGCAGAAGAGUUUCAAAAACUUGUUGAAUUGCUUGCCUUAGGCACGGAUCUCAUGCCAGAUGAGGAGCCGUUGAUGCUGCUCACCUCGGUUACCACGGACCAACUGCACAACUUAAUGAUGGACCAACAAAAUUUCUUUUUUACAAAGAUUGUGGAGAAUAUCCCAAAAAAUUAUGUAUCAAAAUUGCACCUCGAUUCUGACGGCGUUGAUGGGAUCAUCAAUCACACAGAUUAUUUUCCUCUCUGCUAUCGUGUUCAAAAAAAUUAUUUCCUACCAUAUCGCAUAGGUGAGUUCUUGGAUAAAAUCUGCCCGAUAUGUCGGGAAGAUUUCAUAGAACGAUCUUUCGUGGUCACACUUUUCAUAUACGAAAUUGCUGAGUUCAGGAGAGUCAUGUAUGAUUACCAUACUCUUGUCGACAAGAGGGUUGCUGCCAGAGGACAACUCAAUAUAGAUACGCAUCACACAGUAUGGAAUCUCAAUGUUGAUCGGCGUCAGAGGCCAUAA